CCCUCCUUUCUUUUCUCCUUGUAGAUCUCAAAUAAUGUCCUAAUUAUGGCCAUUCAUAUUAGAAAACUAUUACCUUCUUUAACUCCCACUACAAAUUACACUAAUACUAUCCCUUGCACUAAUUUUUGUGACCCCACUUGUGGUGAUUUUGAUGAAUGCUACACUUUUCCGGCCAAUUCGACCUUGCUUCCGCCUCUUCCUCCACCUCUACCACCAACGGCAGUUGUGGCAUCCCCGUCUACCACCUUUCAUGAUGGUUUCCACUUAUCACCCCUUAUAAUAAUAAUCAUUAUAGUUUUAGCUUUCGUAUAUCUUUUAAUAUCUUAUUAUGCUAUUGUGAUCAAAUAUUGUACGUUUUGGACCCGUCUAAUAACUAGACGGGUUCCAAGACAUGUACCUCAACAUGAUCAAAAUUCUAACCCGUCUCAUAGAACGGAUAAUAAUCCGAAUGAUAUCGAGGCAAAUGGGUUUGAUCCGGUGGUUGAUCAUCCGAUUUGGUUUAUUACAACCCUUGGAUUGCAUCACUCGGUUAUUAACUCAAUCACAGUUUUUAGAUACAAAAAAGAAGACGGUUUAAUAGAUGGAUCGGAUUGCUCGGUUUGUCUUAGUGAGUUUCAAGAAGGGGAGUCUCUUAGACUUUUGCCUAAAUGUAAACAUGCAUUUCAUAUUGAUUGUAUUGAUACUUGGCUUAGGUCACAUACCAAUUGCCCUUUAUGCCGGGCGGGUAUCGUGAAUUCUGGUAGACCCUCUAUGGGUUCGAGCAACCCAAGUUUUGGGAACUCGAGGCGAUACGAGUUCACACCGAUGUUUGAUUCGGAUUAUAGUGAUAUGGUGGAAUUAGGUAGCACCCAUAUAGGGAAUAAUACGAAUAAUAAUGUUAGUUUGGUAGGUGAAAAUAGAGGUGAUAUACGUACCCAUGAUUAUGAGGUUGAUCAAGACCAAAAUAAGGUCCAAAAUGAUAUUAAUCAUGUUACAACACAUAUAAGGAGGGCUUAUUCUAUGGAUUAUAGAAAUGAUAGUUCUUUAUUUUCGCAACAGAACUUAAACCAAAAUUUAAAUCCAAACUCAAAUUUAAUUUCGAACUUGAGUUCAUAUUACAUAAUGGGUAGUUCUUUAUUUUCUCAACAAAGCUUAAAUUCGAAUUCAAAUUCAAACUCAAACUCAGACUUAGACUCAAGCUCGUAUCGAAUAAUGGGUAGUUCUUCUUCAAGGCCAAUACCUCAAAGGGAAAGAAUUAUGAAGAGAUCAUAUUCAUGGAGUGGGAGGGUAUAUUUGUCAUCACAUAAUCAUAAUGAUGGCAAUUCAGAUAAGUCACCUUGAAGAGUUUUAUUAGAGAAACCAAUUUUUAUGGCUUUGCUCCACGCAAAUGGUGGAUGGUCAUUUAUUUUAUUUGUUUUAAUUUUUUUUUUACCAACAAAAAGUUUGUAGGGUAGAAGUUGAAUGUACAUA